CAGAGACACGGAGCAUUCACAGCAUGCUGGAUCCCACCUGGGAGGGUCUCAGAGCCAGGCCUGCAGGGGCUACAGUGCUGUACCUGAGUCUCAAGGCUGAUAGAUGGUGGUGAGAGAUGAAAGAGCAGAGCUGCUUCUACGCAGAGCAAAGGGCAGAUGCAGGAGACCCGGAAAGAGCUGCAACGGCUUAGCACUGAAGCCUGAAGACAGCCACUGGCUGUGAAAGGUGUGGUACAGGGAGAAAAUAGCAACUGAAACUUUAAACAUUCUCUCUGCAGGCAGACUAACACCUCACAGGAACAAAAGAGCAACAGCAACGGAAAGAGCAACUGUAACUCUUUGGAAAUACCCGGAGCCAGCAAAUGAUGGACAGCCUGAAACAGACAACCGAGACCCUGCUGCGUCUGUCACCUGUUGAAGCUGCCAGUCUCAAAGAAGGAAUCAAUUUUUUUCGAAAUAAGAGCACCGGCAAAGACUAUAUCUUGUACAAGAACAAGGGCCACCUGAAGGCAUGCAAGAAUUUGUGCAAACACCAAGGAGGCCUGUUCAUAAAAGACAUCGAGGAUUUAGACGGAAGGUCUGUUAAAUGUACAAAACACAACUGGAAGCUAGAUGUGAGCACCAUGAAGUACAUCAAUCCUCCAGGAAGCUUCUGUCAAGAUGAGCUGGUUGUUGAAAUGGAUGAAAAUAAUGGGCUUUUACUUCUAGAAUUGAAUCCUCCAAACCCCUGGGAUUCUGAUCCCAGGUCUCCUGAAGAUUUGGCUUUUGGAGAAGUACAGGUAACAUAUCUUACUCAUGCCUGCAUGGACCUCAAACUGGGAGACAAGAGAAUGGUGUUUGAUCCCUGGUUAGUUGGUCCUGCGUUUGCCCGAGGAUGGUGGCUGCUCCAUGAGCCUCCAUCUGAUUGGCUGGAGAGGCUGUGUAAAGCAGACCUAAUUUACAUCAGCCACAUGCAUUCAGAUCACCUAAGUUACCCAACACUAAAGAAGCUUUCAGAAAGAAGAGAAGAUAUUCCCAUUUAUGUUGGUGACACAGAAAGACCUGUGUUUUGGAAUCUGAAUCAGAGUGGUGUCCGGUUAACUAAUAUCAAUGUAGUUCCAUUUGGAAUAUGGCAGCAGGUAGACAAUAAUCUUCGAUUUAUGAUCCUGAUGGAUGGCGUUCAUCCUGAGAUGGACACGUGCAUUAUUGUGGAGUACAAAGGCCACAAAAUACUCAAUACAGUGGACUGCACCAGGCCCAAUGGGGGCAGGCUGCCAGAAAAGGUUGCUCUCAUGAUGAGUGAUUUUGCUGGGGGAGCAUCUGGUUUUCCUAUGACUUUCAGCGGUGGAAAAUUCACUGAGGAAUGGAAAGCUCAAUUCAUUAAAACAGAAAGGAAGAAGCUCCUGAAUUACAAGGCUCAGCUGGUGAAGGACCUGCAGCCCCGAAUUUACUGUCCCUUUGCUGGGUAUUUUGUGGAGUCCCAUCCAUCAGACAAGUACAUCAAAGAAACAAACACCAAAAAUGACCCGAAUCAGCUCAACAAUCUUAUCAGGAAAAACUCAGAUAUAGUCACAUGGACCCCUCGACCUGGAGCCACACUUGACCUAGGCAGGAUGCUGAAAGAUCCAACAGACAGCAAGGGCAUCAUAGAGCCUCCUGAAGGGACUAAGAUUUACAAGGAUUCUUGGGAUUUUGGGCCCUAUCUGAACGCCUUGAACGCUGCUGUAGGAGAUGAAAUCUUCCUUCACUCAUCCUGGAUAAAAGAAUAUUUCACUUGGGCUGGAUUUAAGAAUUAUAACCUGGUGGUCAGGAUGAUUGAAACAGAUGACGACUUCACCCCUCUUCCUGGAGGCUAUGACUACUUAGUUGACUUUCUAGAUUUAUCCUUUCCAAAAGAAAGACCCAGCCGGGAGCAUCCCUAUGAAGAGAUUCGGAGCCGGGUUGAUGUCAUCAGGUAUGUGGUGAAGAAUGGUCUGCUCUGGGACGACUUGUACAUAGGAUUCCAGACGCGCCUCCAGCGGGAUCCUGACAUAUACCAUCACCUGUUUUGGAAUCAUUUUCAAAUAAAACUCCCCUUAACACCCCCCAACUGGAAGUUGUUCCUGGUGCACUGUGGUUAGAGUGGCACUGGAGCUCCCAGGGCCACCAGACAACAGGGAAAAUUUAAGAAUUGACUGCUGCUUCAUUUCUAUACAAGAACUUACACCAAAGAGACUGCUUUAUGACAUCAGUAGCCAGUGACAAGAUGGUGCCUGCAAGACAUGCGAACAUCUCACAGUUGUGGAUAAUCACAGCACAUUCCAAGAUAUUUACUAGGGCUGGGGGUGUAGCUCAGGGGUACAGUGUGUGCCUAGCAUGUAUGUACACUGCCCUUGUUCUCCAUCCCCAGGACACACACACGCACACACAUACACACGUGCACGCACACACACACACACACACACACACACACAAAUACCAAAACUAUUUGACACUAAACUCUCCAUAAAAAGAACUAAGGAAGCCAAUUAGAACAAGCUUGAUGUGGAAAAGACAGUAUAACAAAAGAAGAGGUGCAUCCACCCAUGGAAAACAUUUCCAGGACUAGGAUGAAAAUGAAAGCGAAGAGGAAGGGGAGCGGAUGAUGGGUUAGAAGAGAAACAGAAGAAAGGAGAGCAAGAGAGCAAGGGAAGACCAAAGGAUGAAACAGAGAGAAGGAAAACUCAAGACAAAUGUAAAAAUAGCUUUUGGUCUAGCUAACGGCUUCAUUCCACACAGGUGCAAUGUGCUCAUGAAAAUGGUCAGGCAAGAAAGGUUCUUCAACCGUUUUUAGCUUCCCAGAAAGCUCUGAGAAGAGCUUUGGAGGGUGUUAAGGGGAGUAGAAACCACAUGUUUAUCAGAAUGAGGCUACAGAGGCUGCCUGAGUGAUCACAUUUCAUUGUGCCUGACAGGCUUUUGGUUCAUUUACAAAACCUGUCAUUCAACACAGCUUAUUAAUUGUGAAAGUUAGGUAGUUCUUCAGUUAAUAAAAGACAUAACACUAAUUAAUAAAAUGGGCUUUGUGGAUAAAAAUCUUUUGAUCAAUAAAAAAUUAAUGAUUUGUAACUUGAAAAAACAGUAAUCUUUUUUCCAAAUUCUUUAAAACAUUAUUUCAAUGGUUGAAAUAGACAACUAAUUUGCCCUCUUUUCUCUGUAGUUUAUGAUCUCCACAUGAUCAUUUAGGACAUACAGUUCCAUUCUUAAGGCAACAUGAUUGCCAACUAGGUUUCUGAUUUACACCUUCGUAUUCUAGAAUACACUACUGACUAGCAAACCUCGUGUCUGUGUUCUGACCAUAAAACCUACCUCUUUAAUUCUGAGGAUACAAGAAUCUACAGGUACAAUCUGCCUGCCCUUGUAAAUCUUCAUUGUCAUACUUGGUCACUGAAAGCUGAUUCUCUCCUAUUGAUUAACAUCAAUACCAAUUAACAUCUGAUGGCUUACCUCAGAUUUUAUGCAAAUAGAAAUGCUUGUCAU